AUGAAGUUCUCAUCAGGUGUUUUAUUAUCCGCUGCUGCUGCUCCAGCUUUAGGUGCUUCCUCUGCAUACACUAACGGUACCUCUACCGCUACUGACUUGCAAACUACUGUUGUCACCAUCACUUCUUGUUCCGACAAUGCUUGUUCCACUGGUGUUCAAACUACCGGUCUUACCACUGUCACCAAGGACGAAACUGUUUACACCACUUACUGUCCAUUGACCGAAGGUGAAAGCACUUCUGCUGCUCCAGCUGAAACCAGCCCAGCAACUGGUGGUGAAGAAACCAAGACCAACAUUGAAACCGCUGUUGUUACCAUUACUUCAUGUUCUGACAAUGCUUGUUCCACUGGUGUUCACACUACUGGUGUUACUACCAUCACUGAAAACGACACUGUUUACACUACAUACUGUCCAGUCAGUGAAGCCCCAGCCGGUACUACCCCAGCUAGUGAAGCCCCAGCUGGUACCACUCCAGCAGGUGAAGCCCCAGCCGGUACCACUCCAGCAGGUGAAGCCCCAGCCGGUACCACUCCAGCAGGUGAAGCUCCAGCCGGUUCUGCUCCAGCAGGUGAAGCUCCAGCCGGUUCUGCUCCAGCAGGUGAAGCUCCAGCCGGUUCUGCUCCAGCAGGUGAAGCCCCAGCCGGUACCACUCCAGCCGGUGAAUCGACCGUUGCUGCUGAAGCUACCACCCCAGCUGGUGAAGCUCCAGUCGGUACUGCUCCAGCCGGUGAAUCUACCGUUGCUGGUGAAGCUACUACUCCAGCUGGUUCUGCUCCAGCCGGUCAAUCUACCGUUGCUGCUCAAUCUACUUCUGCUGCUGAAUCUUCAGUUGCUGAAGUUUCUGCUGCUGAAGGUGCUGCUAACAACAAGGCUGUCCCAGUCUUCGUUGCUGGUUUAUUAGCUGCUUUAUCCUUAUUGUAA